AUGGAGAGCUUCACUUCAUCCUCCACACUAACUCCAAGGAGCAAUUCCGCCUCUCUUCCUCUGAAGGACUUUCCAUAUCUGCAACGCUUGGAGAGGCUUCAAUCUGCUUACCCAGCGCUCAAGUCUCUUCUAAACAAGCUCCGAAACCAACAAGACGAGGGCAGACGCCUCGUAGCCAAACGUUACUCCGACUCAGGAUUGCACGGCGGCUCCCCCGGAAGAUGUGCCAUCAUCACCUUCAAAGGUGACGACGCAGACCACGAAGUCUUUUACUCGGCAGAGGACCUCAAAAAGUAUUUUACAAAGACAUCAGACGACUACGCGAGCCCCAAUGGCGAAAACGCAGAGGCGGAUGAGAAUGGGGUGUCAAGCCCUAGAAGGCGUCUGUUCAUCCUCGAGGAUAUGGAUCCGCCCAUGGUGGACAUACUUGGACAGGAACUCCGGAUCAAUCCUGUCAUAUUUUCUGAACAGACAAAUACCUGGAACUCGACAGACUCUCAAUCAGUUCCCUUCCGUUCCCUGGCAUCUCUGCGCUCACCCAAGACGCUCUUCACCCUUCGCUAUUAUGAGAUCCGCACGCUGGAUGAUGAGGACUCGGUGCGAACGGACAAGAACCAGAUGACGCAUGCAGUCAACCGACGCAAGAUCGAACGAUGGCGAGAUGUUGACCUCCCCAGCGUCGAGCCCGAUAAGCGACAUGCCCUGGUCAGGCGUGCGAUGAGCUUCUGGACUUCGGAGGACAAUGAGAACUUAGAGCCUAACAGUAGCUGGGAUGCACUUAUCCUCGUUGACCCUCCCAUGGACUCCUGUGCUGACUGCGCGCUGCACAACGGCCAAAAACAUCCUCGAGACAAGUCCGAAAAGCAAGUGACCCUUGAAGGCAAGCCCAGUCCAAUAUGCACCGCCUCGUGCCUGAUGUUGGAAGACCCGAAUCCGUACAAGACCAGAAAAGAUCUUUGGGCUUCUCGAGGCUGGAACGUCGCGCCUGGACAGAUUCACGAAGUCCGUCACAACAGUACUCCAUAUCACGGAGGUUGUGUGUCGCUCGUCAGGCCAUCAUUGACAAAUGAUAUUGGCGUCGCGAAUUUGGCGUUGAUGGAGAACCACCGCCACACUGCGUCGCCGCUGGAUGAGCUGCUAUUCCAUAUGACGAAGUGCAAACAACCUCGUCUGAAUGCCAAGACCCUGGACACGCCAGUAAACUCGGCAUUUUACAUGCUCAACUUCAUCGCUCACCACUGGGCUCACCAGAUUGAUCUCAUCGCCUAUGGAGUCGGCAACGGGGAGUGGUUUGCUGAUGACCACGAGGCCGUCUUCGAAUCCAGACCAUCUCUAAAAGAAUGGAAGGCCGAGCUUGCGCAAGUCUCCCUCGCCACCAAGGACAUCAACUACAUGCGACGUCAAUUGAGCCGGUUUGAUCGAGCACUCACACUCAACAUGGAGCGAGUUGGUGUCAAGGUACAUCAAGCCAUCAAUGAAGAUUUACCACCCGCGCUUCGGAAUGCUCAAGAGGACUUUCUCACUAUCGCAUCACGACUGGGUCCUUUGAGAGAGCGCGUCGAUGAUCUGACGGCCAUCGCAAACGAGGUCGCAAGUCUUCGAGCGGCAUUCAAGAGCAUCCAGGACGGAGAGCAGAGCUUGAGGUUAAGCCUUUUCGCGGCGAUCAUCUUCCCGCUGACGCUCAUUGCCAGUAUGCUUAGUAUGUCUGACACUUAUCUCCCAGGACGCGAGCACUUCUGGGUCUUCUGGGCGGCAUCGAUUCCUCUUGCACUUGUGGUCGGAAUUCUGAUGCUUGGGUUCCGUCGCCCUGAAAAAGAAGCACGACGGCUCUGGCAGCACCAUGUAUCUCCGAAGCUGGCAAGCACAAGACUGGCCAAGCAACAGCGCAAGACUUUGGCACAUGAAAACGUGUGA